GACACGUCAGGGAGGAGGGAGGGAGGGAGGGGAACCAGUGGUGUCUGCUGCUAAAAGCUGUAGGGGAAAACUUUUUCCAGCGCACAUCCUGACACUUGCUGUUCCGCCUUCUCCUCUCUCUCUCUCUCUCUCUCUCUGACUGAGCUAGCAGAGCAGCCACCGACAGCAGGUGAGGAAGUUCCGCAGUCUGCAACAAACCUGCCCGGAGCUUCAGCCAACACAGGUAGGUCUGUACCCGGAGCUCUCACUGCUAAAGUUACAGGAUUUGCUCUGUGUUCUCGUUGUAGAUGAGCAGGAAGACGGCUGCUAACUUAAAGGAGAGUGAGGUAGACUCUAAAGUGAAGAAGCAUCAGGUGCCCUCCAGACGAAAAGGCAAAGACCCGGGGGGUGAAAGCCAAAGAAGCGUUACUGGCCUUACCGGCUGCAAAGAAAACAUGUCCACUGACGAGGAGCCCACCUUCACAGUGAAGCUGCUGCAGCUGCUGCUUCUCUCCACCUACUGGGGAAUGCAAAUUUGGGUCACCUUCAUUUCAAGCUUUGUGAUGGACAACCACCUGAACAGACACACAUAUGGGUUUAUUCAGAGUCGUCUCGUCCCGUUCUACCUCCACCUGGGUUCAGCUUGUGCCUUCUUCAACCUCACCAUCUACGCCGUGUAUCAUCCCAGCGACAUGCUGGAUGACCGGGAAGCCUUUCAGAUCUUCAUCUUCUUUGUGUCUGUGACGGUCGCGGCCGUCAACGCGCAGUGGUUUGGCCAAAUGACGUCAGAGAUCAUGGCAGACAUGCACCUCAUCGAGCAGGCGUGCGGAUUGGGUCAGGACAUCGGCCUGUCGUCUAACCGUGAGGCUUACGCCAAGCUGUGUGAGACGGAUGUAAAAUACAGGCACCUCAGUAGUCGCCUGUGGCUGUACAGACUGCUGUCGUCCUUCUGUAACCUCUGCUGCAUCGGCUGCAAUUUCUACAGUCUCUGUUACAUGGCUGAAAACCUUGUCGCGCUGUAAAACUGACACUCAGCAGCUGGACUGUAAAAUUGUUGAAACAUAGUCAGUCCUUUACAAAUCUAGAAACUUUUGAUAUCAAAGCAGUAAAUUAUAUAUUUAAUACAUAAAGUCUUUCUUUCUAUCUCUGCCUUAAUUAGAAAUGAGAUUAAAAGGUCGGAUGAUGCUCUCAUUGGGGAACAAUGAUAGGAUAUAGUCUCAUGCAUAGAUUUCAGCCUCUGGUUCACGGUCAGUGAAGCUGAAUUUCUCUGAACUGCUGCAGGGAGACGAAUCAGUUCCUGCAAUCUGAGUAAUGCUUCACCUUUCACCCAGUGUGGCUGAGGCUGGCGGCUGCCUCAGGUUGGUGCCUUGAGAUUUCCCCACACUGUUACCUUUAC